AAUCAUCAUCAUCAACGAAGAAUGAAAAAUCUUCACAUUCUAAUAUUGCAAAACGUUCACAUUCGGAUGCAAAUCUUGAACAACCAUUAGAUCUAUCUAGUUCAUUGAUAACAAAACGUUCAAAAUCUGAAUCAGAUAAUCAAGAUUUAAUGAUGAUGUUUGUAAAUACUUCUGAUUCAUCAUCAACAGUAAAAAAAGAAUUGGAAAAUGAAGAAUCAAUAUCAUCAUCAUUAACGAAUAAACAGCAAACAUUCCAUGAGCAUAUGAACAAUUUAUUACAGAAAUUUGCAAUGAUGCAAUCAAUGAAUUCUGUGAUUGGUUCGGGAACAACAACAACAACAAAUUCAAAUUUACUACCAUCAUCUUCAAGUUCUCAUACCCAAUUCGAUGAUAAUCAAUUACAAUCAAAUCCAUAUGAAAAUCCAGCUUUUGCACAAUAUCUUGCAAUGGCUAUGGCUGCAUUGACAACAAAUAGUGGUCAAUCAAAUGUAACAUCGAUUCCGAAUCCAAUAAAUAAUUCAACAAUCAAACAACCAUCAAUCAGUUCAACACCAUCAUCAUCAUCAUCAUCAUCAUCACAUGUUGAUGUUGUUGUUAAACAAGGAAAUUCACGUUGUGAAGAAUGUAAUAUUGUUUUCUAUAAACAUGAAAGUUAUUUAGUACAUAAAAAAUUAUAUUGUGCAUCAAGAAGAAUACCCGAUUUAACGAUUAAUACACUGGAUCAACAACAACAUAAUAAUAAUUCAACUACUGUUACAAAUAAUAAUAAUAAUAAUAACAGCAGUAUUAACAAUAAUACAACAACAAUAAAUAAUCGUCCAACAUCGGCAUCAUCAACAACAUCAUCAUCAUUAUCAUAUUCAAUACCAUCAUCGACAAAAUUUUCAUCAUCAACAAAUUUGUUGAUACCAUCCGAAUUGAUUGGAAAGUCACAAGGUUUAAAUCCGGAUAAUGAAACACUUUCAUUAUCAACAUCAUCACCAUCAAUAUUAUCAUCACGUGAUGCAGCUGCAUCGGUUAGUCCGGCUGCUUCAUCAUCGAUGCUUUCACCAACCAAACAACAAUCGGCUAUUUUUCAAUAUUUUUGUGCUGCUUGUGGUAUUAAAUAUACAUCAUAUGAUAAUCUUUAUGCUCAUCAAACUUAUUAUUGUUUGAAACGUAAUAAUGGAUCAACAGUAGCGGGUCCAGCUUCUGCCGCUGUUUCUGCUGUACCAUCGGCACCAUUAUCACCGGCAACCGGUAUUGUUAGUCCAUUGCCAACAUCACCUGUUCCAUCCGGUAUUUCCACAACACCACAAUCAUUAUUAACUCCACAAUUAUUGGCAGCAGCCGCUUCGCUUGGAGCUGCUGCUUCGGUAACGCCACCAACUUCAGCAGCAGCAGCAGCAGCCGCUGCUGAAGCAUUAUUAGAUUUUACAUCACCAACAUCAUUAUCACAACAAUGGAAUGCAUUAGUUACAGCAGCAGCGGUUGUUGGUGCAAAAACCGGUGCUUCAUUAACCAAUGGUCUGAUUGUUGGUGAUUAUAAUUGUCAUAAAUGUAAAGCAUCAUAUGUUAGUCCGGAAACAUUGGCUGCACAUGUUUGUAGUGCUGAUCUACGUUUGGAUACAAAACCAGAAAAAUCAUCAUCAAUCAAUCAAACAACAUCAUCAUCAUCAACAUCAACAUCAACAACAGCAACAACAUCAGCAUCAUCAUUACAAACAUAUAAAUGUACAAUUUGUGGUUAUAAAGGACAUACAAUGCGUGGUAUGCGUACACAUGUUCGAGUACAUACUGAAGAAUUAUCAUCAACUGGUUCAUUUGAAGAGGAUUUUAUUGUCCAGAAUACUGAUCUACCUGAACCUUCGGUUAGCCGUCGUUCAAGUCAUGGAAAUUCAUUAACAAAUCCAGCUAGACAACGACGUCGUAGUAAUAAUUUAGAUUCACAAUUAUUAUUAUCAUCAUCAUGCCAUUCAAAUCAAUCAAUUUCAUCAAAUGAAACAUUUGAUAGUGUUAUACGUAGUACUGUUACUAAUUAUUUAGAAUCAACAGCAAGAAGAAAUAAAGAACAACAACAACAACAACAACAAAUUAUUGAUGAACAACAACAACAACAACAAUUGAAAAAAGCAUCAAGCUUAUCAUCAUUGAUUAAUGAAAAUCAACAACAACAACAAUCCUCACAGUCUUCACAACAACAACAACAACAAAUCCAGAAUCAUAAUUGUCAAUUUUGUCCAUAUCAAUCCAAUUAUAAAGGAAAUGUUAUUAGACAUAUAAAAUUAGUACAUAAAGAAAUUAAUGGUUCAUCAUCAUCAUCAUCAUUAUCAUCAUUACAACAACAACAAUUAGUUAAAGAAGCAAUGGAUGUUUUAAUGGGUAAUGUUGAUCUAUCCGCAUUACCUGAUGAUCUACUGAUGAUUAAUAAUAAUAAUAAUAAUUGUGUUGAAUCACAAGAUUUUUCAAUAAUAAAAUCAAAAUCACCAACACCAAAUAAAUUACAAAUGAAUGGUUGUAUUCCAUCAUCCGCUAUCGAUUGUUCAUCAAAAUCAAAUAAACAAAUCGAUAUAAAACAUAAUAAUAUAAAUAAUAAAUUACAAGAAUCAUCAAUGAAGAAGAAUUCUGUUACCAAUAAUUUAUCAAUUGCAGGUAACAAAAAAACAACAACAGCUGCUACAACAACAACAACAAAUGAAACAACAACAACAACAAAUAAAAAUAAUGAUAAUAAUGAUUUAGAUAGUAGAUAUUGUAAUGCAUGUAAUAUUUCAUUUACAUAUCGUAAUUCAUAUUUAGCACAUAAACGUUAUUAUUGUUCAUCAAAUAAUAAUAGUAAUAAUAGUAAUGAUACAUGAUUCAAUCAAUCAAAU